AUGAACAAAAAAAAAAAAAAAAAAAAAAAAAAUUGCACGAAACGCACACUCACUCACUCAGCAACUUUUGCACGUCGUACGAGUGGCCAACUCAUAAGGACGCAGUAUGUUCCCCUCUACGGAAGGCUGGUCGGAGAGGAACAACUGGAAACAAUUAGAGAACCAGCCGAUAUACAGGCCAUGCAGGCUAGAAUACCUCAACAUUUCAGGGAUCCCUCUUCGGCACCCCUGAGAAAAUUAUCAGUGGAUUUAAUAAAAACGUAUAAACACAUUAACGAGGUUUAUUAUGCGAAAAAGAAAAGAAGAGCGCAGCAGACACAAGGAGAAGAUACCUCCCACAAAAAAGAGCGUAAAAUAUUUAACGAAGGCUACGAUGAUGAUAAUCACGAUUACAUCAUCAAAAAUGGCGAAAAAUUUUUAGAUCGUUACGAAAUAGAUAAUCUAAUAGGAAAAGGAUCUUUCGGACAGGUCGUGAAGGCAUACGAUCACGAAGAACAGUGCCAGGUGGCAAUUAAAAUAAUAAAAAAUAAAAAACCUUUUUUAAAUCAAGCUCAAAUAGAAGUUAAAUUAUUGGAAAUGAUGAACCGCGCAGAUGCGGAUAAUAAAUAUUUCAUAGUGAGAUUAAAAAGACAUUUUAUGUGGAGGAAUCACUUGUGCCUAGUAUUCGAGUUGUUAUCAUAUAAUUUAUACGAUCUGUUGCGGAAUACGAAUUUUCGGGGCGUGUCCCUCAAUUUAACGCGGAAAUUCGCUCAGCAAUUGUGUACGGCUCUCCUGUUUUUAUCAACUCCCGAACUCAAUAUCAUACACUGUGAUUUAAAACCUGAAAAUAUACUUUUGUGCAACCCGAAAAGAUCGGCUAUCAAAAUUGUUGAUUUUGGAAGUUCGUGUCAGUUGGGACAAAGGAUAUAUCAAUAUAUUCAGUCGAGGUUUUAUAGGUCUCCGGAGGUUUUGUUAGGUAUACCUUACGAUUUAGCUAUAGAUAUGUGGAGUUUAGGUUGCAUUUUAGUCGAGAUGCACACGGGGGAGCCGUUAUUUAGCGGAACCAACGAGGUGGAUCAAAUGAAUAAGAUAAUAGAAGUUUUGGGUAUGCCACCCAAACACAUAUUAGAUCAAGCUCAUAAAGCAAGAAAAUAUUUCGAUAAGCUACCCUCAGACGGAAGCUACGUAUUAAAACGGCCAAAAGAUGGUAAAAAAUACAGGAGUCCUGGAACGAGGAGAUUGCACGAUAUAUUAGGCGUCGACAGCGGAGGACCUGGUGGAAGAAGAUUGGGUGAACCCGGUCACACGGUCGCGGAUUAUUUAAAAUUCAAAGACUUAAUAUUGAGAAUGUUGGACUUUGAUCCGAAAACGAGAGUCACUCCCUAUUACGCUCUUCAGCAAAAUUUUUUCAAAAGGACUAGUGACGAAGGGACUAACACCGCGAAUAAAAGCGGGAGAGUGAGCACGAGUCCCGCAGUUAGCGGAUUAGUUGACAAUAUCAGAGGAUCUCCUUCCAGCUCAGCCAGUCUGGGAAGCAACCGAGCUCUUUCUGAUUCGAUUUUGCAGCUGCAAAACUCGGCACUCACGUCGGGGACGACAGUUGGAAGCUGCAUCGGUCCUCAGUUAAUGGACUGCGAUUAUUAG